AGCGUCCACACGUAGACCUUCACGACGGUCUUUGCCUUGCGUUUUCACCUCCGUCUCGCACAUCCACCUCACGCGAUAUAGACCGAUAUUUUCCUUCUUCAUUUUGCCGUUAUUUCCACACCCCUUUGCUUACCCUCUCGCGGCUUCAUGGCCUUGACGACCGCCACCGCCCACUUCGCGGACGCCACGCGGCUCUAUCAGCAGGGCAACCUCCACCGGGCUCGAGAUGUCGCCGAGCAAGCCCUUCUCUCCCUCUCCUUCAUGUCUGUCGGCGCGGAGUUGAAGGAGGCGUGUGCGAGUACCGCCUGCGGUGCUUCAUCGUCGCCUGCAUCGUCGCGUGCCUGCCCACACGCCGAUAAUUCAAUGCUGCGCCGACAUCAUCAGCUGUUUGGCAACUCUCUUCUUCUUCUCUCCACCAUCUACACCGCCGCGGGCGACUACAUGGAGGCGGAGCGACUCCUCGCGACCUGCGAAGGCUAUUGGAGAGACCACCUUUCAAACGGCGAAGGCAGCAGUGCUGGUGACAGGAGAGAAACAACAAUGAGGGGGGAUGCGGUGGGGGGUCGUGACCUGGACGAAGGCCUGGCCGGUGUUGCCUACAACAGGGCGGUGCUUCAGCUAGAGCAGCUGCGCCACACGAGUCCGCCUACCGCCUCCCGCCUGCAGGAGCGAGCCAACGACCCGUCUAGUGUGUGGCCGUCACUGCCGCCGUCUCCCGCACGUUCCUCUCCGCUGCGCACGCAAGACGACGAGCGGCGGAGACAGACGGUGGCGGCAGAGGUGCUUCGCAAAUACCUGUACGAUGCGAAAGACAAGCUGAGCCAUACGCUGGGCAGUGGCCGGAGUAUGCUGGCGGACGUACACCAUAGCUGUGGCGUGUGUCACUACUACCUAAAGGACUACGUAGCGGCCCUCGAGGCAUGGCAGCAGUCGAUGGCGAUACGCGUGCACGGGCGGCGUUGCAGGGCGGGCCAACAGGGGAAGGAAAUCGAAGACGGCACGUUAAGCGGUGGCGUGGACGAGUUGAAGGUGGCGCUCACAUUGGAGCACAUCGCACAGGUCUACCACUUCAUAGAAGGCAAGGCAGCGGACGCGCUGAAGAUAUACGACGCGGUGGCCGCUACUCGUGAGCGCUAUCUUGGGUCGGCGCACCCCCUUUACGCACGCACGCUGUUCGAGAAGGCGGUAGUCGCGUCAGGGCUGGGACAUGUGAAGCUGGCGCGUGCUUUGUUGAAGGCGUGCCAGGACAUCUGCGUGCGGAGCGGCAGCGAGUGCGACCCUGAAUUUGGGAGGGAGGUGCAGCGCUGGAGGGAGUACGUGGGCACCUCAUCAUAG